AUGUCGACGGGCGCCGACUGGAUCUCGCAGCAUGAUCUGCUCCGGAUAGACUACGCUAUGCUGACGAUGACAUCGAUAGUCUUUCUUGCACGGAUUGGUGUCCAGGCGUGGCGGCGCAAACCCAUUGAAGCGCAGGACAUUUUGCUUUACAUUGCAUUUGCGGCCUAUCUGGCUUUCACCAUCCUCUACAUCGUCAUCACACCCAUCUUCUUCAAAAUCCAGGCACUCCAAGACGAUCGCAUGGCGCCAUGGCCUACCAUGAUGGCAGAUAUCAUCCUCGCGUCCAGGGUUAUGUGGCAAAGCGGAAUUGAGUAUUGGACAUGUCUUUGGUUCGUCAAGUUCUCACUGUUAGCACUGUACAAGAAGCUGCUCUCUGGGAUGCCCAAGAAGUAUCUGUACAUCUGGUGGGGUACACUAGUCUUCUGCAUCAUGACAUGGUCUACCUGUAUCAUCACAGGUCCUGGGCUAGCAUGCGAUAAUACUAAGGCGUUCUUCGACGAAGGCCUUCCGUGCUUGUCACCUGGGGAAACACGCCGACAAACAGCAAAUCUCUACUACGCGUAUGCAGUGGACACUAUGACGAACAUGAUGGUCAUGUUUCUCCCAAUCAGGCUUAUUUGGAAUCUGCAAAUGGAGAAACCCAAGAAGAUUGGCUGCGGUCUACUGUUCGCUUCUGGUCUUGUUUGCAUAUUGUUCUCGACUAUACGCAUUGUGCAGGUUGGUCAAGAUGGAAAACCUCGAUCGCCCGAUCCGAAAUGGUUAACCAUGUGGACGAUCAUCGAAUGUUCAACAGCUGUUAUCAUCGGCUGUUGUCCAAUGCUUGCAUCUAUUGUACCAAAGCGUCGUACACUGCCUUCAAGCACAGUCUCAUUCGACACGCAGGGGUACGUUCGACAAUCACCUAACCGGUCUGGUGAAGGCGCGCCGAGGAGUCAUGGCUUGAGGAAUAUGCUCGGCUCCAAGAGUCGUGAGAAGAGUAGCGAGAAGAACUCGGGAAACAUCAGUAUGUCGAGGACUGGCCACGAGAGUGAGGAAGAGCUCCCACCACGUCGCACAGACGGUGCCGGCAUUCGUAUUACAGAUGAGAUACGCGAGCAGUAUAGGCUGCGUAUGGAAGAAGACCAACGCAUGGAAGAGGCACGCCUUAAGCUUGAGCAGUCACAGGUGUGA